GCCAUGUUUACUUUGAGCUGCGGCCGGCGUCUCAGGUUUGGAAAGAAAAGCAUCUCUCUGUCAUUGGCGUUGCAGACUUCGGCCCCAGCGUCCCCACCAGCCCGGCAGUUCGUUCCGUCGGUCCCCGGGACCACUCCGUGGGAAUGCUCCGACGUGCGUGUAUGUUAUUGAAGUUUGAGAGAUGGCUAAUGAGUGAUGCUUGAUGACAGAUGAGUAAUGCUUAUUGCUAAAGAUUGAAGAUAUGAGGCAAGACUUCCUGUUACUACUUAAUCAAGAGGAAUUAAGAUUGAAACUCACAGUCUUAAAAAGACUUUGGGAACAAGAAGUGUUGAGGCAGAUUUCUCAGUCAGACUCACAGGAUGCCAGCCACCAAUCUCUCCCCUUGUGGUUGUCUUUCUUAAGACUUUUCCUGUCUCCAUGAAGAGAAGUUAGAGGGGGGAAAGGAUUAUGACUGGAUGUCUGAUGCAUUAUUCUCAGGGGUGGAAGUGGCGAUUGCCUGCUGCUAGAAUGUUUGGGACUGUUUAAGUCCCAGUGACUUCUAAGGAUGUAGCUGUGGAAUUCAACCAGGAGGAGUGGACUUUGCUGGCUCAAACUCAGAGAAACCUGUACAGAGAUGUGAUGCUGCAGAACUAUAAGAAUCUGGUUGCAGUAGAUUAGGAGAUUUGUCUAAAUGCCAAAUGGUCAGCACCAGAGCAGAAUAUUUUGCAAGGGAAAAUUCCUACAUGGUGGAAGUGAAGUCUGCCUGGUCAGCAGGGAGUCACAGAGGAGGCAGAAUGGAUGCGGAAUUGCUGACAACUUGGUCACAGGACUUGGUGACCUUUGAGGAAGUGGCAGUGGACUUCUCCCCAGAGGAGUGGGCACUGCUGAGCCUUGCUCAGAAAAUCCUGUACAGAGAUGUGAUGAUGGAGACCUUGAGGAAUGUGGCCUCCGUGGGAUAUCAUCUCUGCAAACACAGUCUGGUAACUGAAGUAGAACAGGAAGAGCUGAGGACGGAAGAGAGAAGAAAUCUCCAAGUUGAGCCAGAUCUCCAAAUCUCCUGUUCAGUUUCAGACUCGGCUACUCAACUUAAACCAAAACAUGUAAUUCCUAUGCAGGAUGUUGCUGGGGAAAAGACUUCCAAUGGCAUAAAAAUGGCAACAACUUGCCCUGGUGAGAAACCCUUGGAAUCUGAUCACGGUAGAAAAUUCUUCAGAAAGAACUGUCCCCUUAUUGGUACAAGAUAUCACAAGGGAGAAAAAUGCUGCAAAUACAAAGAAUAUGGGAAAGACUUUGGCUGUUCCUUAACUCUUCAGAGUCAUGUUAAUACUUGCACCAAAGAGAAAACUCUUGACUUUAAUGAUUGUGGCAAAGCUUUCAAUCAAGAGGCCUCCCUUAGGGAGCACUUCAGAACUCCCACUGGAGAGAGACCUUAUGAGUAUAAUCAGUGUCUUGCGUUUCUCAGUUUACAGCAUUCCUUUUUGGUGCGUGUGCAAAAACCUACUGGAGAGAGACUCUAUGACUGCAGUGACUGUGGAAAAAGAUCUUCCCACAGUGUGCAUGAGAAAUUGUGUACUGUGGAAGAAAGCUCAAAACAUAACGAACAGGAGAAGGUUUUCACGGGCCCCUGGUCCCUUCAGGGACCAUGUGUGAGACCUCCCACUGGAGAGAAACCUUUUCAAUGUAGUGACUGUGGGAAAAUCUUCAUUUUUCAUUCUUCCCUCAAGAAACACGUGAGAUCACACACUGGAGAGAAACCUUAUGAGUGUGAUCAUUGUGGAAAAUUCUUCAGCCAGAGCUCUCAUCUUAAUGUGCACAGAAGAACACACACUGGAGAAAAACCCUAUGACUGUAAGGAAUGUGGCAAGGCUUUCACUGUGCCCUCAUCCCUGCAAAAACACGUGAGAACCCACACUGGAGAGAAGCCCUAUGAGUGCAGUGACUGUGGAAAGGCCUUUAUUGAUCAGUCAUCCCUUAAGAAACAUCAACGCUCUCACACUGGAGAGAAGCCUUAUGAGUGUAAUCAGUGUGGAAAAUCCUUCAGCACAGGCUCUUACCUUAUUGUGCACAAGAGGACGCACACUGGAGAGAAAACCUAUGAAUGUAAAGACUGUGGGAAGGCCUUUAGGAAUUCCUCUUGCCUGAGGGUCCAUGUGAGGACUCACACAGGGGAAAAGCCCUAUAAAUGUGUUCAUUGUGGAAAAGCAUUCAGCACCAGCACUAACCUUAUAAUGCACAACCGAAUACAUACAGGGCCAAAGCUAUAUGAAUGAAAUGUCUACAGGCUAGCCUUAAGAGGUCCUUCACACCUCACUCCGCAGUUUAGAACUCACGCUGUAGAGAAACCUUUGGUGACCAAUGUUGAAAGACAUAUUAUACUGGCCAAUCUUGUAAGUGUUAGAGCUCUGUGAUUAUCUUUAUUGGUGAGUGUUUCAUCCUUAAAGUUUGACAACUCAUCAAUUGAUGAGUAUUAAAUGUAGUGUGGCACUCUAAAUUUCCCUUGAUUUAUAUCAUAAAAGUUUUGAUAAAGUUUUCAUUGUAACUUAGUACUAAAUAUUGUCUACUUUUCAUCAAAGUGUCUUGGACAUAUAGAUUAUUUAGAAAUGUGUUUUUUAAUGUGCAGACUCUGCCUAUUUUAGUUACACAUUUGUAAUUUAAUUGCAUUGUGCACUGAAUAUAUGUCCUUCAUGAUAUAGAUUCUAAAUGGCAUAAAUUCAGACAGAAAAUUAUUGGAGAUUUGCUUUGUGGCCUAAUGUGUCAGAUACAACAAGGUACUGUCCCAAAAUCCAUUGCCAUUUGUGACUGCAGUGACUUACAGUAAGUCACUUUAAGUCAUUGCCCUUCCUUUCUUAAAGUAACAAUUACAACUGUGUUCAAGUUGACAGUGUGGAGAGUUUUUUAAGGACUUAUCUCCUAGCUUUCAUUGCAGCUAUGAGUGCCAAUGAGCCCACAGUCCUGUCCAAUAAGAAACAGUGAGAGGUCACUGCAUGUGGCUUUUAAAGAAAGGGGAGCAUCUCAUCUGGCAUUUUCUCUUUACCAUUUUUCCUUUAUCUUAUCUCUUCUUCUUCCUCAGAAAAGAAACCAAAAAGAUGACUCAUAGGCUACCAAUUACACAGCAGGGACAUACAGUAUUAUUUGGCUGUACCAACCCUGGGUUGCUUAUUUCUGGGUUUCAUGUAACAUGAAAAAUAAACUCCAAACUGGUCUAAACCUGUCUUAUAGAAAGGUUCUGUUCCAAGGGAUUUUAGUCUCAAUUGAUAGGUCUCAUAUGUAACCAGGUUUUAUGGAUCCUACAAGUAUGGUUGAAAACAACAUGUAUUCUGUAACUGUCUGGUAUAAUAGAUUUAUCUGAUGGAUAAAUCUUACUCUGUUUGUUAAAUCUGUGUCAUCACAAACUAUCUCCUGAUUAACCAAUGGUCAUUGGCACCAGUUACACUGGUAUGAAUCCCUAAUUUGGGCUACAAUGAAGAAAGAGACUUUAUUCAGUGCAAAACAGCUGAAUUGUGAUACAGCACAACUGUGAAACAGCUUAAUAGUGAUAUAGUUCAAUUACAAAGCAGCAUAACUGUGGCUGUGAAGAGGCCUUGGGGUAAGGUUCCUCUUUGGCUAGGCAGCUCUGUUCUGCUCUGGUCUAAUUCCCCUUCUCUGGCUCCAUGCUGCUCUGCUCUGCUCUGCUCUGCUCCAGUGAGACAUUUUCUGUUUUAGCUUCAGCCAGGGAAAUGUAGCCUUGUCUUCCAUGGAAUGGGAAAGUGCACUCUCAGAAGCAGAGGGGAGCUGACUUAAAUAGACAGAAGUCCCUGCUCCUGGUCUGUGAUUGGUUCAUCUUCAUGCAGAUGAUGACUCCAAAUCCUAGCAGUUUAAUUGAUCCAAAAAGCAUCCUCCUGAUUGGUUGGUGAAGAUGUUGAUAGGGUUUUGGCUACACAGAUCCAGUUGGACAGGGAAGCCUCAGUCCCAUUGGUUGAAACAGGAUUCCAGGAACUCCUCUAUAUGGGCUGGCUCAGAUGGCAGAAACACAGUGCAGGAAGGCAGUUCAGUGCAGGCUUCUCCAUGGAGUGCAGUUUGUGUCUGAGGCCGUUUAGAAACAGCUGCUAGGCUCUUUUUUUUUUUUUAAUUUAAGGCCAGUUAAGGCACCAGAGGCCCUUCUUCGUAGGUAUCUCUUUUCUCAGGGUCCACACAACUUAUCCUCAAAUAGUUCUUCCCCAGAAAUGUAUUUCUUUAUCUAGAGAGAGAGAUCCAACGUUCAAAAUGCUAAUAUGGAUAAAUCUACUUCAGUGCUGGGUCAGCUGUGGGAUAGGUGCAGAAUCAACAAGAAGUGUCACUCCUGAGGAUUGGCUGUGGGCAGCGGAUUGGAAAGUUCAUGUGUAAAUAAGAAGUGGAGGCUCUUGGAGUUCAACAAAAUCUAGGGUUCCUCUGGCCAGGUGGUCUCGAUAUUCUCAGUGCACAGCUCUGGCUCUUUCUGGAAGGACGUGUACCUCAGAAGGGGUCACACCUUUCUUCUUGAAAUUUUCUUCUUGAAAAUUGCUAGUAUCUUCAUUGAUAAACUUUCUCUACUUAGAUUUUGGAACACCAGCUCUCCUAGUUUCCUGCCACAUCACUGGUCUCUCCUGCCCAGGCUCUUUAUGGGUGACUCCUCUCCCAGAGCACCCCAGGGGUCUGUCUAUAGUUCUCCUUCAUAUUCACACUUGUUCCUUCUGUAUUUAUAUGUCUAUGACCCUCCAGUUUUUGCCUCCAGUACAGACUGUAUCACAAACUGCAGAUUCCACUGGGAUGUCAAACAUCUCCAUAUUUUUUAUUGUGGUAAAAUAUACAUAACCUAAAAUUUACCAAAUAAAUUUAUUUAUUUAUUUUUGGAAAGAGGGGAAAGGAGGGAGAAAGAGAGGGAGAAAAACAUCAAUGUGUGGUUGCCUUCCACGUGCCACCCCUGGGGACCUGGCCCACAACCCAGGCAUGUGCCCUAACUGAGUUUGAACUCCUGACCCCCUGCGUCGCAGUCUGGUGCUCAAUCCACUGAGCCACUCCAGCCAGGGCAUUUUAACUGUUUUUAAGUGCAUAGUUCUGUCGCUUUAUAGUGUUUUACAAUUAUAUAGUGUUUUAUAAUUAUCACCACCAUUGAUCUCCAGAUAUUUUUAAUCUUCCCCAAAUAAAAAUCUGU